AUGACUAAUGCAUUAUUUGAACCAAAUCCUCGAUUAAAAAAUAAAGUGUUAUUUACUGCAAAUGCAUUACUCAAUAUUGAAAAUAGAACAAUAAAAAUAAGCAUAAUUAAUGCAACCAAUCGGCAACAAAUACUUUCCGAAGGAACCAAAUUAGGUAUAGUGACACAAUUAUCUUCUACAAUUGGUGUUACCAUACCAUCAAAUUAUUUAAAAGAACGCAUUCCGGAAGGAAAAGUGUGUAAGGUGCUCAUUCCUGAGGGAAAAGGAGCGAACAAAUCAAAAAAAUUAAAUUUUAACAACAUGCCGACUACGACAUCACAGGGGAAACAAUAUCAAUGUCGUGAAUGCUAUCGAAAUUUUAAUACUGGCAAUGAAUUAUUUAAAUACCUUAGAAACAAAUGUUAUUCUGAAGAAAUAAGACAACAAAUAAAUAAAUUAACUGAACAUAUAAGUGAUGAUAAACAACGACAGCAAAUUUUUAAAAUUUUAUGGAAAUACGGAAAAUUAUUUGACAUUAGUGAAUCAUCAAAAAUUGAUAUAAUUUUAAAAAAGGCUAUUAAUACUGGUACACAUUGUCCUAUUCAUACACCACCAUAUAGAAAAUCAAACAAAGAUCAAGAAACCUUAAGAAAAGAAACAGAUAAAUUAUUAAAAAAUGGAAUUAUUGAACAUUCAACAUCACCAUGGUCUUCACCUGUCGUUUUAGUAAAAAAGAAAGAUGGAACAACAAGAUUUUGUGUCGAUUAUCGUCGGUUGAAUCAAAUUACAACAAACGAUGCUUUUCCUUUACCAAGAAUUGAUGAUAUUUAUGACCAAUUAACAAAAGCAACAUAUUUUACAAACUUUUAUUUUAAAGCUGGAUAUUUUCAAGUACCAUUAGACAAAUUAGAUCGACCAAAAACAGCAUUUUCAACUCGAGAUGGACAUUUUCAAUUUAAAGUAUUACCGCAAGGCCUUACUAAUGGACCACCAACAUUUCAACGAAUUGUUAAUCAAAUAUUAGGUCCAAAUAGGUGGAAACAUAUACUCGCCUAUAUCGAUGAUAUUAUUAUUUACUCACAAAAUUUUAAUGAACAUCUAAAACAUAUUGAAGAAGUAUGUUCAUUAUUACAUAAAGCAAAUUUUAAAUUAAAUGUUGAUAAAUGCGAAGUUGCAAGAUCAGAAAUCUUAUUUCUCGGCCAUUUAAUUAAAGCUGGUACUAUUAAACCUGAUCCAGACAACAUCCGUGGAUUAACUGAUACACGCGAACCAACAUCAUCCGAAGAAGCAUUCAGAUUCGUCAAAGCAGCAGAAUAUUACCGAAAAUUUAUUUCAAAAUUCUCCACCAUCGCUGCACCACUACACAAAUAUUCUCCAGCAACAUUACAACAACAAAAACUUAAUAAAAAAUCAAAAUUUGAAUUAUUUGUUGAAGCUAGAACGGCAUUACACCAACUAAAGAAAAUAUUAACAACCGACCUCGUUCUCGAUUUACCUGAUGAUGCAUUACAGUUUAAAUUACAAACUGAUGCUUCUGUAGAUGGAAUUGGUGCUUUUCUAUUGAAAAUUACUCCCAAUGGUGAUUGA